AUGAGUCUGUUCAAAAGUGGCGAAACAGCUUCGGCGCAAGUUUUGAAAUUAGCUACAAACUCUUCUCCGAGCACAAAGAAAAAAAUUAAAGAGAUUCAUAAUUUGCUACUUUUGUCAUCCAUGGCUAUGUACACUCCAGAAGAAGCAUUAGCUUUAAUCGUAGACUGUAGUUUAAGCAAAGAUGAUAUAAGAAUCCAAAGAGGAGCGAAAAAGAAACAAGUAAAUAUAUAUCCCAGCUAUGCUGUAAUCGGUCACGUCACAAAGACAUGUUACCCGGCCAACAUCACAAUCUCGGUGGUGCAUAUACUGAGGUGCAUAUACCAGUUCAAGAUCUGGUGGACCUAA